AUGAACGAUGGAUGGACCGUGAGCAUCAAUCCGCUGACCCCCAUCGUCCUGCUUAGGAUCGACCCUUCCCUCCGGCUCCGACGCGCCAUCCACGCCAACGACGCGCUGCUGGUCCAGCGCAUCCUCAAAUCCCAUCCGACUCUCCUGCUCAACCCGGACGCCUCCCCCGAAGGCCUCUCCAACUCCAACCUCCACCUUGCCGCCUCGCUGGGCCACCUCCAGAUCUGCAGACUGCUCGUCUCCCUCGGCCACGAAGCCGAGAGCCCCGCCCUCAACGAGAACCACCAGACGGCCCUCAUGCUCGCCGCCGCCGCCGGCCACACCGAGAUCGUCCACUUCCUCAGCGAGAGCGACCCCGCCUCCAUCCUCCGCCGCGACGUCAACGGCCGAGAUGCCAUCAUGGAGGCGAGCCGCGGCGGCCACGACACCGUGCUGCAGAUCCUGUUGACGUACGUCCCCGGCGGGGCACAAGAGGCGGUACACCGAGCGGAUCUCGAGGGGAAUACGGCCCUGCACUUUGCAAGCAGCAAUGGCAACCUGCUUGUUCUGCGCACGCUGCUUGCUGCCGGGGCCGAUGCCGAGCGGCGGAACAUCUGGAGCUGGACUGCCAUUGCGUAUAGUGCUACCGUUCAGGCGGAGGUCUACCUGAAGGGUCUGGUGGCUGAUGCCGAGCGGAAGAGGCAGGCCACUCGCCAAGUCGAGGAGGCUAGGAAGGCAGGACUGCGGCUGGUCGAGCGGGAGAUCGACGUCAAUGACUGA